CGGACGUGUUUGUGAGCCAGCACUGUGGUCUCAAAAUGGCCAUUGUCACAGUCGCUGCUCGAACGGCGUCUUCUCCUCCCAGCUCUCCUUCUUCUUAACGCGGCCAACAGCGACCAUGCGCGGCGGGCCGGAAGCUGACGGCCGGUAGUCGCGGCGACUCGGCGGGCGAAAGGCGGAAGACUGCGCAUCAACACGCCGGAGCCGCGAUGCUAACACCUAGCUAGCUGCUAGUCCGCGCCUCGGACACUUCCGGUCACCUUAACUUGCGUCGUUGUCGCCACUUCCGGCUUGACAGGAUGAAGAUGGACUCCAAGACGCCACAAGGAGGCGCCAUCAACUGAAGCGGCUGCGGAAACGAUGGCCAGCCGCCGGAAGUCCAGCACGCCAUGCAUGGUCCCUCCUCCCACAGAGGCGCUGCGCUCGGCUCAGGAUGGCGAGGACGCGGCGGAGUCGGAGGACGGCGGCGUCUUGUACUCGCAGACGAGCGAGGGCGGCUACGAGUGCAAGUACUGCAGCUUCCGCACGCCGCGACUCAACCUGUUCACCGUGCACGUGGACUCGGAACAUCCCGACGUGGUCACCAGCACCUCCUACGUCUGCGUGGAGUGCGACUUCCACAGCAGGAGCAGCUACGACGCGCUACUGGCGCACAACGCUCGCCAUCACCCGGGCGAGGGCAACUUCACGCGCACCGUGGCGAGACGCAACAACGAGGCGGUCUUCCAGCAGACGGUCAACAACCUCACCUUCGACGGCGGCUUCGUCAAGAUGGAAGACGGCGAGGAGGAGGCGGAGGAGGACGUGCGGCGCCGAGGCAUCGCCCUCAGCAAGACCCCCAUCAUGAGGAGCAGGGCGGAGCCCAAAAAGUUCACCGCCUCGCACAAAAUGGCUGUGGAGGACGCCAUCAAGGUGGAGAGUCCGGACGAGUACGAUGAGCCGCCCACGCUGUCGCCCGCCCCCGUCACCGCCGACGGGCCACGACUCGUCCCCGUGUCCUCGCCGCUUCACGUCCAGACGCUGUCCCCGAGCUUCGUGGUGAACAACGCCAACGUGCUGCAGGUGAAAGGUGGCGGCGGCACGGUACUUCCUGCUGGGACGCUGGCGCAGGUUCUGUCGGCUUUGCAGAACCAUCAGAACCAGGCGCAGCUGCUCAUCCCCGUCAGCAGCAUUCCCGCCUACAACGCCGCCAUGGACAACAACGUCCUGCUGGUCAGCGCCUACAGCAGGUUUCCCUACCCGUCCAUGGCGGAGGUGGCCGCCUUGUCGUCGCAGACCAAGUUCAGCGAGGAGAACGUGAGGGUGUGGUUCUCCGCCCAGCGCCUCAAGCAUGGCGUCAGCUGGACGCCCGAGGAGGUGGACGAGGCGCGCAGGAAGAAGGCCAACGGCACCGUGCAGACCGUCCCUCAGACCAUCACCGUCAUCCCCGCCAACAUGGCCGCCAACGGCCUGCAGUCCCUCUUCCAGACCUGCCAGAUCGUGGGCCAGCCGGGUCUGGUACUCACCCAGGUGGGCGGAGUCGGCGGAUCCGUGGGCUCGCCCGUGGCGCUGACCGUCGCCCCCGGCAACCGGCCCAAAGCUUCCGAACCUUGCGCGUCGGAGUCCAAGACGGAGAAGGCGGCCUCUUUGGACUCCGCCUCCAAACCCAAGAAGUCCAAAGAGCAGCUGGCGGAGCUGAAGGCCAGCUAUGGCAGGCGGCAAGUCGCCAGCGAGGCGGAGAUCUCUCGCCUCAUGCACAUCACCCAGCUGUCCAAGCGCGCCAUCAAGAAGUGGUUCAGCGACACGCGCUACAACCAGAGGAACGCCAAGGAGCAGCACGCCGCCGCGCCCGAUGGAAGCGGAAGGAGCGGCGCCAGCGACAGUGCCCCCGGUGACGAGGUCGGCGCCAUUGUCAUCGACUCCAGCGACGACGCCAGCGACGCCCCGCUGCCGGCGGCCCCCUCCCUGGGCUCGCCCCGCCCCCCCCGGGACCGCCGCGCCAGCCUCCGCCACGCCUUCCCGGACUUCACGCCCCAGAAGUUCAAAGAGAAGACCUCGGAGCAGCUCCUGGUCCUGGAGUCCAGCUUCCGCCAGGGCGACACGCCGUCGGACGAGGAGCUGACGCGUCUGCGGGCGCAGACCAAGCUGACGCGGCGGGAGGUGGACGCCUGGUUCAUCGACAGACGCAAGACUCGGGAGGCGCCGCCGUCGCCGCACCACCCGGAUGGCGGCGACGCGGCCGAGCCCGCCGCCCGAGACGGCAACAGCACGGCGGGCCGCAAGGUGCUGAAGAAGACGCCGCAGCAGCUGGACAUGCUGAAGAAGGCCUUCGUCCGCUCGCAGUGGCCCAGCGCCCAGGACUACGACAAGAUGGCGGAGGACAGCGGUCUGCCGCGCUCCUACGUGGUCAACUGGUUUGGUGACACGCGCUACGCCUGCAAGAACACCAACCUCAAGUGGGUCUACCUCUACCGCAGCGGCAAGGUGGAGGAGGGAGUCAACAAUGGCAGCAAAGUCCACAAGAAGUCCAGGAAGCGACACCGUAAUUGGUCCACUAGAACACGAAGACCCUAUCCUUGCAAGUCUUCUCCACAGGGGGGCGCUGCUCCUAGCAAGCAGGCCAUGAGCGGCAAGGCGUUGCUGAAGGAGCACCACCUCCAGCACGGGGUCCUGAGGGAAGAGGAGGUGCAGGCGUUGGCGGCGCAGGCGGACAUGAGCGAGCAGGAAGUGAGGGCGUGGUUCAGUGGGCGGGAGCAGGAAGACAAGGAGAUGUUGAGCCAGGAGGAAGCACUAGAAGACAUGGACACCAGCAGAGGUGCUAAACACAUAUUGUGUGUGUGUACAUUCCCAUCGCUCACUGCAGCUAGCAGUAAAGAAGCACAUCAUCACAAGCAGCCUGUCUGUGGAUUCUUGACGGGACAGUAGUUACAUAUGGUACAUGUUCAUCAUGAUAAAAACAUGCUAAGAAUGCUAAAAAAAUAUGCUAAGGAUGAUAGCAACAUGCUAACGACAUACUGGUGAUGCCAGAAAUAUGCUAUUCGCUAAUGAUGAUAGAAACAUGUUGAAGAUCCUAAAAACAUGCUAUAUGCCAAUGAUACUAAAGACUUGGUAGUGAUGCUAGAAACAUGCUAAUGACAAUAGCAACAUGCUAACGGCAUACGGGUGAUGCCAGAAACAUGCUAUACGCUAAUGAUGAUAGAAACAUGCUUAUGAUGCUAAAAACAUGCUAAUGAUGAUAGAAACAUGCUAAUGAUGCUAAAAAACAUGCUAAUGAUGAUAGAAACAUGCUAAUGAUGCUAAAAAACAUGCUAAUGAUGAUAGAAACAUGCUAAUGAUGCUAAAAACAUGUUAAUGA